AACAAAAAUAAAAUUGGUCAGUCAUUUUCCCUUUCUAAAUCGAAACUAGGGUUUGCUGAAAAGAGGGUAUCAGGCGCGAUUCUCAUUCAACAUUUCAAAAUUUCAAUCGAGUCCAAGAUACACACAUAUUUCCUCCAUCGUCACCGGUAACUCUCUAUCUCUCUCAGUCAAAUACGAAGACGUGGCCAUACCUCUGGCGCCGAUCUCUCACAGUCGCAUCCGCUCCAUAAUUCGUCUCUCUCUGCUCACAGUCGCACCAUCUCUUUCUCUUUCCACUCCGGCGGACAGCUGCAGGCGGGCGGCGACCUUUUGCUCCUCCGUGCAUCUGAACUCCAUCCGUCACUCACGCACAAGAAACCCGGUUAGAGUCCGAUUUUGUUCAGAUCAGUUUUACACUUUGGCUUCCAUGUUUUAGGGAUGUUGUUAACUAAAUUUGAGCGGUGGACAUUACUUAUAAGGAAGAAGUAUCAAAUGCAACUAAAUGUUCGCUCAUGAAUGUGGAUUGUGAUGGACCAAAAAGCUAUAUUGAUCAUUUCCUAUUUUCUAAAAUACAUAUUGAUGGAUCAAAUAAUCUUGCAGAAUUCAAAAACCAAUCCCCUGUAGAACCCCAGAUUAUUGUGCUCAACUACUUCCUAUGUUCUUAAUGAAUCUUUAGAGCCCUAGAGGUGCACUGAGUUAUAAUUCCGGUGUUGAAGUUCAAUUGAGUCGUAUUUUGAGCAACUUUUCUGCAUUUGUGAUGCCUAAACGGAAGGCGAAAAAGGCAAAACAGCCUGAUUUAUCUCAUGUGAAUAAUACUGUGUGCGGCAUUGAUGCAAAUCGGCUUCUGCAAGAAAAAGCUUCUAUUGACCAAGAAGUUGAACCUCAACGUGCUGCAAUCAGGACGAUUAGGGAUGUGGAGAUUGAGAGGUUACUUACUGCUUUGCGGUUGAUGAAAUCCAAUAUAAGAGAGGAACAGCUUCAGACUCCAUUACUUGAAUAUUUUGAGGGAAAUCUCCCAAACUUAACUGUGUCAAGAACUGAGAAAGAUGGACCAAUUGAAGUUAAAUGGAAAGAUAAAGGUGAUGAUUUGUCCAUGAACACAGGUGAUGGAGGAAACAUGAUCACUUCAUUUUUACAGCAUAUGUCCAUGGCUUAUCCUGACUGCUCUACUGCAAUGCCAUCUGUUGGUGGCUCUGAGUUUUUAAGUAAAAAUGGGAAAAUGAGCAGCUUCAUUGGCACUGAUAAUCUUCAAAUCAAGGAUUUUGUUCUAGAGGAGCCAUCAGAAACUCAUAUUCUUGGCUUUGAAGAAUCUAUGCAAACUCCUGGGGUGACGAGUCAAAGGUUGUCUGUUGGUGUGACACCUAAAACUUUAAGGCUUCCAAAACAGGGUGAGAUGCUUCUGUCAGUUCAUGGUUCACCCCUUGGUGUUUUCAAGGAAAACAACAUGGAUGCAAUACAUGAGACAGAGGAAGAAUGAGUUGUUUCCUACAAACUACUCAUUUUUGAGGGAACUUUUCAAAUCCACUCAGUUUUAGUACAAACAGGUAUCACUUUGCGUCUAGGUGUUUUUAGGGUUCCUCAUUUAGAAAUUUCUAUAAUGCAUGAUCUCAUUGUAUAAAAAAUGUAUCUCAAAUUAUAUGGCUAUUUACUUCAUCAGCUGCUUGUAACUUGUUUAUCAUUCUGUCUAAAUUUACAAGGCUUUUUUACGUGCACAAACGGAUGUUGAUGAACAUGAUUCAUGAAUUAAGGUUUAUUGUUUAGAAA